AAUACAUACUCCCCCACACCACCAUCAGCGGUGUUUCCUUUUCCCUGAGUAGAUGAUUCUUUCUCCCGGUCUAGGAGGAAGAAUUGAAGCUUGUAUAUAAGAAGCAAGCCCUAGUAUUCUUUGUCAAUUAUCUACUGCUUCCGACCGUGAAUCUGUUGAUUUUACGCAAGAGUCUGUCUCUGGAGAUCAUAAAAGAGUUGAAUCCUAGAACAUAACAAUAAUAAUUCCCAAAUAAUGGUGAAGGUUCGAAUGAACACGGCCGAUGUGGCCGCAGAAGUCAAGUGUUUGAGAAAAUUGAUUGGAAUGAGAUGUUCCAACGUCUAUGAUCUUAAUCCCAAGACAUAUAUGUUCAAGUUAAUGAAUAGCAGUGGAGUUACUGAAUCUGGAGAAAGUGAAAAGGUUUUGUUGUUAAUGGAAAGUGGUGUUCGUUUACAUACAACUGAGUACGUCAGGGACAAAAGUACCACACCAUCUGGUUUUACUCUCAAAUUGAGAAAGCAUAUACGUACACGAAGGCUUGAAGAUGUUCGUCAGCUUGGAUAUGAUCGGAUUGUUCUCUUUCAAUUUGGGCUGGGUGCCAAUGCACAUUAUGUUAUAUUGGAGCUUUAUGCGCAAGGAAAUAUAAUCCUUACAGAUUCUGAAUUUGUAGUUAUGACGCUUCUUCGAUCACACAGGGAUGAUGAUAAAGGUCUGGCUAUCAUGUCUCGCCAUCCCUAUCCAGUCGAGGCUUGUCGUCUUUUUACAAGAACUACUGCCACGAAGCUGCAAGAAGUACUUACCUCUUUUAAUGAAGCUGAUAACAAGGAUGCAGUUGAGGGUAAUGGCGGCAGUAAUGAUGCUUCUAAUACAUCUACAGAAAACCAUGGUAAUCGUAAAAAUAUAAAGCCGUCGGAUGCCAACAAAAAUGCUAAUGAUGGCGGUCGCUCUAAACAAGCUACAUUGAAAGUGGUCCUUGGGGAGGCAUUGGGUUAUGGUCCUGCACUUUCUGAGCAUAUCAUAUUAGAUGUUGGGCUGACUCCGAACACGAAAGUUGGGAAUGAUUGCAGAGUGGAUGAUAAUACUAUUCGGCUUUUGAUUGAAGCUGUUGCCAAGUUUGAGGAUUGGCUUGAGGACAUCAUAUCAGGAGAGAAAGUUCCCGAAGGAUAUAUAUUAAUGCAAAAGGGGAAGAAAGAGAUUUUACCAGCUGAAGAAGGAACUUCUAGCAAGGUCUAUGAUGAAUUUUGCCCUAUUUUACUGAACCAGCUCAAGUCAAGGGAAUCUAUGAAAUUUGAAACAUUUGAUGCUGCACUGGAUGAGUUCUAUAGUAAAAUUGAAAGUCAAAGGUCAGAACAACAACAAAAGACUAAAGAGGGGUCUGCGGUACAGAAGCUUAACAAAAUACGCCUGGAUCAGGAAAAUCGUGUUCAUGCAUUGAAGAAGGAAGUUGACCGGUGCAUAACAAUGGCAGAAUUGAUCGAAUACAACCUAGAAGAUGUGGAUUCAGCUAUUUUAGCCGUUCGUGUAGCUCUUGCAAAUGGAAUGAACUGGGAUGAUCUUGCUCGUAUGGUGAAAGAAGAGAAAAAAUCCGGGAAUCCUGUAGCUGGGCUCAUUGAUAAGCUUCAUCUUGAAAGAAAUAGCAUGACAUUGCUGCUGAGCAACAACCUUGAUGAAAUGGAUGAUGAAGAAAAAACAAGCCCUGUUGAUAAGGUAGAAGUUGAUUUGUCACUCUCAGCACAUGCCAAUGCACGGCGGUGGUAUGAACAGAAAAAAAAGCAGGAGAGUAAACAGGAGAAGACCGUUACAGCCCAUGAGAAAGCAUUCAAAGCAGCUGAGAGGAAGACCCGUCUCCAACUUUCACAGGAAAAGACUGUUGCUGCAAUUUCACAUAUGCGCAAAGUUCACUGGUUUGAGAAGUUCAAUUGGUUCAUCAGCAGUGAAAAUUAUCUGGUUAUUAGUGGUCGUGAUGCUCAACAGAAUGAGAUUAUUGUGAAGCGGUACAUGUCAAAAGGAGACCUGUAUGUGCACGCAGAAUUACAUGGAGCAUCCAGUACUGUGAUAAAAAAUCACAAACCAGAGAAUCCAGUACCUCCUCUUACACUAAAUCAAGCUGGUUGUUUCACUGUCUGCCACAGUGCUGCAUGGGAUUCAAAGAUUGUAACAAGUGCUUGGUGGGUUUAUCCUCACCAAGUCAGUAAAACCGCACCAACUGGAGAAUAUCUUACAGUUGGCAGUUUUAUGAUUCGUGGAAAGAAGAAUUUUCUUCCUCCACACCCUCUCGUAAUGGGCUUCGGAAUCUUGUUUCGGUUGGAUGAGAGCUCCUUGGGGUCACAUUUAAAUGAAAGAAGGGUAAGAGGCGAGGAGGAAGAAUUGCUUGAGACUGAAGAGUUGGAAUCUCUUAAAGAAAUUCCUAAUUCUGAGAUGGAGAACGAAGUCGCAGCUGUUAACAACCUUUCAAAUGCAGUGGCAGAUGAUGCUAGACCAAAAGUUGGGGGCAUAACAGUAGUUGGUUCAGCUAAACUUAGUGAAAGUGACAGUUUCUCCACUUCCAACAAGCAUGAAGAUUUGAUUGAAGACAAAAGCUUGCCGUCCAUAUCACCUCAACUUGAGGAUCUGAUUGAUAGGGCUCUUGGGAUUGGAACUGCUAAUGUGGCUGGUAAAACUCAUGUGCCUUCUCAAGUAAAUUUGGUGAAGGAUCAUACAACCAAUGAGCACAUAACUGAAGUUAAGGAAAAGGCUCAUAUUUCUAAAGCUGAAAGAAGAAAGCUCAAGAAAGGGGAGACAAAUACUAGUGCUGAUGCAACUAUUGAGCACAAAAGGGAAGACCCAAAAGACAAUAGCCUUUCAGGCACUCAGUCAGAUAAGAAUGUCCAAAAUUCGAAGACUUCUGUUGGAAAAAUCAGUCGUGGGCAGAAGGGAAAACUCAAAAAGAUCAAGGAGAAGUAUGCUGAACAGGAUGAGGAAGAACGUAAAAUUCGUAUGGCUUUACUAGCGUCCUCUGGAAAAGUAGUCAAGCAGGAGAAAGAUACCCAGGAAGGAAGGACUGUCUCUGUAGAUCAGAAGAAAUCAGCUGUGUCAGGCCCAGAUGAUGCUUCAAAAAUAUGCUAUAAAUGCAAAAAACCAGGUCAUCUAUCCCGUGAUUGUCAGGAACAUCCUGAGGAAACUAAGCAUGUCAAGGAAGUUUUGCAUAAGCACUCAAACUAUGGUGGUCUUAGAGAUAAUUCAGAAGCAGUUGAAAACAUUGGCAGUGAGUUGGACAAGGUUGCGAUGGAAGAAGAUGACAUAAAUGAGAUUGGUGAAGAAGAGAAGGAGAGGUUAAACGAUGUGGAUUACUUGACUGGAAAUCCAUUGCCGAACGACAUUCUGUUGUACGGUGUCCCUGUUUGUGGUCCUUAUAAUGCAGUACAAUCUUAUAAGUAUCGGGUGAAGAUAAUUCCAGGAACUGCAAAGAAAGGAAAAGCCGCUAAAGCAGCAAUGAAUUUGUUCGGGCACAUGACCGAAGCAACAACCAGGGAAAAGGAACUCAUGAAAGCGUGUACCGAUCCAGAGUUACAUGCUGCACUUCUUAGUAACGUGAAGGUUGCGUCUGCAGGACUCACCCAAUUGAAGCAGCAGCAAAAGAAAGGAAAGAAAGCCAGCAAGAAAGGAGGCUAGCAAAGUUUCUUUUUUGUCUCCUUUCUUGCCUCAGCCAUAAUGUCCUACCAGGAGUUUCUCUUUCCCCUGUAUUUCUGGAUGAUGGGUUUAGAAAGGAUGGUUAGAGAACUAGAUAAGUUAGAAAAAGGUUGAUUACUUAGUUUUGCUGUAAAUGGAUCUUGUAAUUGUAUUGUAGUUUGAUCCUACAGAUAAUAAUCUUUGAAUGACAUCGUAUAGAACUGAAUUUCGAUAUAUGUAAGUGCGCAAGAAGGGACAAUGUGCACCUCUGCAGUUGUUUAAA